AUGCUUUCCGAAUCAUUUGUGGCGUCGGUGCUGUCAUCUGCCAAAUCUCCGACAGCCUCGCUCAGAGAUGUAGGGAUAUGCGUCCACGAAUUGCAGCCUACGUCCAUACUGCGAUCGACUUUCAAGAAGAGCUCGACCUCGCCCAACUGUCUCGCUGUCAGCCCCUCGCAUAUUUUCACGGCCCAAGCCGACAAAGCGGUGGUGCACGUGUACAGCCGCGAAAAGGGAAACCAAGAGGCCAUCGUUCCAUUUCCGGAGCGUAUCCGCAGCAUUGCUGUCGCGGGGGGCAAGUAUGGUGAUGUCUUGGUUUUGGGCACUGAGGGUGGCCGAUUGAUCCUAUGGGAGACGUGUACAGGUCGUCAAGUCGCCUCGACAGCUUCCCAUCUACAACCAGUGACUUCACUCGUUGUCGACCCUACGUCCAACUUUAUUCUUUCCGGCUCGGCUGAUGCUAGUAUACAUGUCUGGUCCUUGCCUAGUAUUUUGUCAUUCUCAAAGCCCGCUCUUAGCGCCACUCGUCAACCCACGAAUUCGCCUAUCCGAACCUUCUCAAACCACCGCGCAGCUAUUACCUCCCUUGCUGUAGGACAUAGCAAUGGCCGACACAACAUUGUGGUUUCAACCGCAAAGGAUAAUACCGCAUUUGCGUGGGACUAUCAGACUGGCCGUGCGAUGAGAACCUUCCUCCUGCCUUUCUCCGCAACAUCUGUGGCUCUGGACCCCGUUGACCGCGCAUUCUACGUUGGAUAUGAAGACGGCAGCGUGCAAUCAGUAGACUUCUACCGUGGCCAGUCAGUUCAGCAUCCUCUUCACGAUCCCUCAGUACAAUCUACGCCUGCGCAGAUAUCCACCGAAGACAGAUGGCUUCCUCCUUCAGCCGAGUCUGGCUCGGUUAAGACUCUCUCCCUUACAUAUGACGGCACCACACUACUCUCCGGCCACGAGAGUGGCAAGGUGUUAUCAUGGAAUAUUGCGCGACACAAGUAUACUUCAUCGGUUGCCGACUACACCCACCCGAUCACAAACCUUGUUAUGCUUCCCCCAGGUGGCAUUCCCCACCCUUCCUCAGACUUGAAGCGAACUGCACACAACAUUGUCAAACCCCGCCAUGACAAUGGCCUUUCGGCUCCGACGCAUGCCCCUGGCGCCGUGCCAGCAGAGUACAUGUUCCAUACUCACAUCAUCGCACCCACUGAAACCAAAUUUCGCAACCCAACUCAAUUCUCCCAGGCGCUCACCCACGCCUUCUUCCCCGACUCCAUGAUCGAAGACGGUCUCGCCGAACUGGCAGCAUUCCGCCAGCCCGGCGCAGACGUUCGCGUCUCCUCAAGCGCUCCAGUCGCCAGAGAAAGCGCCGAGGUUUCAGCUGCUCGCGAGUCGCAAGUCACCGAGCUGGAAAGCGAGUUGUCCGUGCUCAAGAAAAAGGUUGUAGUGAAUGAGACAGCUCGCCAUAGUGCAGAUGAUGAGGUCGUCAAGCUGCGCUCAGACCUUGCCAAUCUACAGGAUUACAUCAACGAGCUCCAUGAGAAGCAGGAAGCUGCCCAGCAAGACAAGGUCGUGCGUCAAGCAAAGAAGCAGGAGCACGCGACCAAGAGACGGGAAGCAUGGCUCGCUGCAGAGAAGAAGGGUUGCAAUGGUGAUGCGGCUAUCAAGAAGAUGGAGAUCGAUGAUGGCGCUUUGACCAGUGACUCGGAUGAUCAGAGUGAUGAAUAA